AUGACUGAGUCGCUUGGGAUACUUAGCAACUCGAUUACAAAUAAGCUGACCAGUCAUAUUGAUGAAAUAACUAAUAAAGUCGACGAACAGCUUGAAGCUGUUAAUGAAAAUUUGAUCGAUGUGGCCACUUCUAAGACUCAAUGUAGUGUUCCUGAAAUCUUGGAAGAAUUUCGAAUAAUUGGCAGCAGAAUUUCUGAGUACACGCCAAGAAUGAUGCCCAUCGAAAACAGCAUUGGCUAUCCAAGUGUGGCAGAGGAAAUAACAAUGGCCGGCCAGCCUUCAAAUGAUCUUCCAAACAGUGGAUGGCGUUUCCUUGGCUCGAGAAAAGUUUGGAAACAGGACUGGAAAGCGUACGAUACAAAAUUACACCGUAUUAUGCAGCAGCAAAAACAAGCUGACAAAAACCAGAAUCGCAGCCUCAACUUUAACAGAAAUCUCGGUAAUAACCAUCAAAGUACCAAUCGAAACAACUACAACUUCAACACCAAUAGUAACCGUAGAUAUACCAACCACAACCGUCACGUCAACAACAGUUUUUGGAAUAAUAACAAUAGCCCCAACUAUAACAUGGCCAACAGGCAACACAAUAACGUCACCAACUCCUACAAUAAUCAACAACACACCAACUCUAAUCGUUUCCAUGCAAAUCAACUGUUACCACCUGACAGAGUGCUUCUUGCAGCAGCGAAAGACCGAUUCUCCAGACCUCAAUCUAACUCCAUUUCUACGAAAUUUUAA